AUGACUUUCUACACUGCACACCCUCAACACCUUUCCAGCUCGAGUUCAAGCUCAAACCCCGCCUCCUACCACUCCUCCUCCCCUGCUACUUCAAGCGAUCGCGCUCUGCUCGAUAUGCUCUCCACGCUUCCUGCCCCGGGUCAAGCUCCCGUGUCUCACCAUCAGCCCGCCUUUGGAUCGCCAUCUUUUCACAAUGUUCCCUUGGCAAAUGGCAAACGUCCACUGGCCACUCUGGCAGCUCUGAGACGUCCACCGAUAGAUCCCAUCAUUCUCGCUGCUUCUCUGAGCAGCGGACCUCACGUCACCAGGCACCAUUUCCACCAUUCUUAUGGGGCGCCUAGACAGAGUAAACAGAUGUCGGUCUCGCAGCGCAAAGAAAGAAUGCAAAAUGCGCAAUCCUCCGAAUUGGCAUCAACAUCCAACUCUUCGACACGUCGAAUCAAGCAACGAGCAGCUUCGGUUAGCGGGAGCUAUGCGAAUUGCGACCUGAACGACGAAGCGCUCGAGAAUUUGGAAGCGGAUGCUUUGCGUGCUGAGAGCGAGAUCGCAGAGCUGGUCAAUAGCACCUCCCUCGUGCCGGCUGUGACGGAGGAAGAGCAGGCCUACUACGCAUCGAGGCAAGCACCUCGAAGCCAAAGAUUGCGAUUGGAAGCGGAUGCCUCUGCAAAAGCUGCAACGCAGAGCGCCACUGCGAAUUCACACGCAUCGCAGCCGGCACGCGCCGAUCGUCCUCCAGCUGCAGCAGAGGCUCAGUCCCUUUAUGCCCAGAGCUCAAACGCUCUCACUGACGAUCCGGAUGCUCAGCCAGCGCCAGCUGCUCCAAUGGCGAGCACUUCCCAGCCAAGCAAAGCAGCAGCGCAGCUAUCAGAGGCUCUGCACUCUCGCCAACAGCUCAUCUCGUCUGCUCCCUCCACACCUCUCCACUUGGGCAGCUUGCCGUCCGCAGGUCCGCAGCUGGGCAUGCCUGUUGGGCAGUCUACGCCAAUGUCGCUGGCGGGCUUGUCUUCCAUCGUCAGACCCCCUCCUCUGCACGUGCGAUGCUAUGCUCGCACCCGCAUCCCAACCCCGCACGGCGAAGCUUUUUGCCAUCUCUACCGCAACAAUCACGAUGGCAAGGAGCACCUCGCGCUCGUGAUUGAUCCCGCUCAGAAUUCGGAAGAGACGAUGGCUCACAUUGCUGAUGGGCCGACGGUAGAAGAUGCGGCUGCUUCAUCUCGACACCUUCGCAGCGCUACGCUCGACGAGGUGUGGAGCUCCGAAGAGACCGAGAUGGAAAGGAUUGUUAGAGGAGCCUACGUUGGUAGACUGGGUCCUUCUUUCCAGCAGGCUAGUGUGGGUCGGGACGCUAGGCUAGAAAGACAUAUUGACGCGGUAGCUGCCCGCACCGAAGAUGAGACGGCUCCACUCGUGCGCAUACACAGCGAAUGCUACACUGGCGAGACGAUUGGCUCUCAGCGUUGCGAUUGCGGAGAGCAACUCGACGAAGCGAUUCGACUCAUACAUGCUACAGGUACGGCAAAUAGAUCAGCUCGAGGGGUCAUCGUGUAUCUGCGCCAAGAAGGCAGAGGUAUAGGUCUACUUGACAAGCUGAUGGCGUACAAUUUGCAAGAUAUGGGUCACGACACUGUAUCCGCCAAUGUGCUUUUAGGACACUUGCCCGAUGCGAGAAAGUACGACAUUGCAGCUGCCAUUCUGCGCGACCUGGGUGUUGAAGAUUGCCGACUGCUGACGAACAAUCCAGAUAAGAUGGAAGCUUUGGAAAGAGAGGGUGUUCGGGUGUCUGAAAGGGUGGCCAUGGUACCUCGCGCUUGGAGACAAGAGAUCGGAGCCAAGCAUCGGCGUAGAAGAGCAGCUAGGCGCAGCAGAGAACAUUCGACGAGAAGCAAGACCUUGAAGAAGGGGAAGGCUAGUGCAGUGCCGAUGGAUUCGAGCGUGCUUUCACAAGCACCGAUGGAGAGCAGCAAGGGCUCUGCGCGUGUGAAUGCGGACUUUUCUCAUUCGGAUUCGAGCAGGGAGAGCGAGUGGGAUGAGGAAAGCGACGAUGGAUUGGAGGAAGAGUACGUCGACCACGUGCUCAGGAGGAGCGGAGCUACGAUGUUGGGAGCGAGCAUCACUCGAGGUCCAGAGUUGGAAAAGUAUCUGCGGACAAAGGUGGAGAGGAUGGGCCAUCUGCUCGACUUGCCAUCCAAUAGCGAAGGUGCUCCGACGUCCGCUUUGUGCGGUAUGCGACAUCCCCUAGCUGAAAGCGCUGAACCUCAAGAGGAGGGAGAUGCAGAGGUCAGAACGGAUCCAGAGAGCUUGUUGGAUGAAAAGGAUCUGCAGCAUGCUUUGGCUGCUGCGAGCUCACAAGCGGCAGAGCAGACCGCGAGAGCGGAUCAGCGCGGGCACGCAGCAGGGGAAGACGAUGCGGAGGAGGGAGAGACUGUCCUUGUGAAGCGGAAAUAG